CUCUGGUAUUGCUAGCCAACGAAACAUCCGGCUGCUCUUCUCAGAAUUCUCCAGAAACUUCUGCAGUGUGGAGCGGCUAUAAGAACCAGCCAUCUUCCUCCACCAGCCUUAGAGCCACACGAUCGAAAACCGGGCCAGGGACAUCAAGACUUGCUACGUUGUCACCAUGGUUCACGAAACCGGCUACUACGAUCUCUUGGGUGUCAGCCCCAAAGCCUCACAGGAGGAACUCAAAAAGGCUUACAGAAAACUCGCAUUGAAAUAUCACCCCGACAAGAACCCCAGUGAAGGAGAAAAGUUCAAGCUUAUAUCUCAAGCAUAUGAGGUGCUGUCGGAUCCAAAAAAGAGAGACUUGUAUGACCAAGGGGGAGAACAAGCGAUCAAAGAGGGAGGCAUGGGUGGAGGCUCCUCCCCGAUGGACAUUUUCAACAUGUUCUUUGGCGGUGGAGGAAGGAUGCAGAGAGAGAGAAGAGGGAAGAAUGUCAUCCACCAGCUAAGUGUUACACUGGAGGAGAUGUACAAAGGCACAACAAGGAAGCUUGGACUUCAGAAGAAUGUCAUUUGUGAAAAAUGUGAUGGUUAUGGGGGUAAGAAAGGAGCUUUGGAGAAGUGCUCAAAUUGCAAAGGGAAAGGAAUACAAGUCAGGGUACAACAGAUUGGACCAGGCAUGAUUCAGCAGAUCCAAAGCAUGUGUCCAGACUGCCAGGGACAGGGUGAGAAGUUUAACUCAAAGGACCGCUGCAAGAACUGCAAUGGACACAAAGUUGAACGCAAGAAGAAAAUUCUCGAGGUUAACAUCGACAAAGGCAUGAAAGAUGGUCAGAGAAUUACAUUCCAUGGAGAAGGGGACCAGGAACCUGGACUCGAGCCUGGGGAUGUAGUUAUUGUGCUGGAUCAGAAGGACCACCCUGUUUUCCAGAGACAGAAUGACAAUUUGAUUAUGAAGAUGAACAUCAAACUUGUUGAGGCCCUGUGUGGUUUCAAGAAGACCAUUCAAACGUUAGACGACAGAACGCUCAUCAUCAGCUCACAGUCAGGUGAAGUAAUAAAGCACGGUGACAUCAAAUGUGUUCAGAAUGAGGGCAUGCCAAUUCACAGAAAUCCUUACGAAAAGGGACAACUCAUCAUUCACUUCGAGGUGGAAUUCCCAGACAAACACUGGCUCCCAGAGCAUCUCAUGUUCCAGCUGGAAAGACUGCUUCCUCCCAGAGAGGAUGUAAUGAUUACUGAUGACAUGGAGGAGGUGGAUCUCUGUGAGGUGGAUGUGCAGGCACAAGAGAGAAACUACAGCAGGGAGGUUUAUGAGGAAGACGACGAGGGUCCCAGAGGUGGAGUGCAAUGUCAGACACAGUGAUCAGUCUUUGAUUUUAAAAAAUAUUGUAGAGCAUGUGUCUUUUUGUUGUCGUUUUGAUUUUUUCUUUUUCUGCUGGGACACAAAUAUGCAAGUGGAGAAUUCCCUUCUCAUCGUGGUCACCAAUUUAUCAAAACUGUAUUUUUGGGUUACUGUUCUAUUUAAUAUCUGCGUCUUUUAUAUGUAUGUUUCCUAAGAAAUCUAUGGCACAAAUGGUUUCUUUUCAUUUAGACUUGUAUGCUUUCUGUGAAGGUAAUUUCAGUCGUGACAAAAACUGUUUAUUUCAUUUCUCAAUAAAUUCCCACAAUGCCUCAACUUUUA